AUGCCACAGCCAACGGACGCCCCUAAAACCCCCCCACAGACGGUUAGCCGCGGGAGUAUUCAGGCCACGCCUCCGCACAUGAGAGGCGCCUUGGCCCUUGGGACUACUGUGCCCGUGGCAGAACGUGACGAUCUCUCGUAUGGUGGCAACCACGCGCGGGCUACUGCCAAUAGGAGAACCGCAAAUAGAUACUUCACCAACCGGCACGUACAGGCAGCGAUUGGCCAGCUAUUCCCCGGCCAGUACGAGAACGACCGCUUCAUGCAGGCAGCCGUCGAUGAACUGCCGUUUGAAGGGACUCCACACCAGUCUAGAAUGCGCAACCCCGAUCCAAUCGUCACCGAAGCUCAGCCCACCGCGAUCGACUUUGCCCGCUCCGUGGCACCGACCGGUCACCUCCGCCAUCACUCCGAGACCCUGCGCGUGCUCGAAUCUCGAGAUUUGCCCUCUUCGGAGCCCACCCCUGACAGCCGCCCUCCAACUUAUCGAACCGUUGACGAUCAUUUGAGCCUCGCUGCCACAGCUGGACUCCCCCCACGCGAAGCCGCCGUCCUCAAUCCCCGCGAUCUGCUCCGACAGCUUCCCAGACUCGACCAAGAGCUCGUCUAUCCGAAAAUCAGCCCGAUCCCGCUCACGUACCUGCGCGUCGCGUCGACUGCAUGCUCCAAACCGCUUCUCCCUGCGUCCGACAUUGCCGUCCUCAAUCGCUAUGCGAAGGAACUUUGUCCGUGGGGAGGCUCUCACGCCCUGUUGCGCGACAUCAUACACAAACUGGACGUCACUGUCGGCCGCCUUUUGCUGGCUCCGGCUGAGGACCUGACGCCCUACGCGGCCGUGCGCAUCGAGAAAAUCCUACCCGACGCCAUGAAGAUUUGGAAGGCGGAGUUCCAGAGGGAGAAGAUCGAGCUCGUGAAGCAGAGGCAGGACCCCUGCAAUAUUGCCGUGGCAGCUGGAUGGGUUGAGUGGAUUCAACACGCUGUGAAAGAUGGGCUGAUUCACAUGGACCCAGAGCAUGCAGGUCAGACUGGCUACAUGAGGGGGGAGGGAGCGUGCCGAUGUGAAGGCUCCCUGUUCAUGGAGGGGUGGACAUGCUGGGAUGUAGAGAGCUCUUGGAGCGGUAGUGUCUGGGUGGCUAAGUAG